AUGGAAGGGUGCGCCGAGCGGCGAAACGAGAGGGUCCCGCUCUCCGCGGUGGUGGCGGAUUGCGUGAAUCGGUGGUUCCAGGACGCCCUCAAGGAGGCGAAGGGCGGUGACGUCUCGAUGCAGGUUCUUGUGGGGCAGAUGUACUACAGUGGCUAUGGCGUUUCCCGCAACGUCCAGAAGGUAAAGGUCGCUCGUCGCUUCUAUCGGGUUUCUCCGAUUAGGGUUUCCGAGCACUAAAGCCAUGCGGAGAUUUCUCAUUAAUUUCUCAUCCUCUUUCCAUUUCGUUCUGGUUCAUUGCCUCAUUUUAUGAUCUUUGCAGAAAUCUGGAAACACGACCGAUCUUAAAAUAUAUUCCAACCGAAGAAAUUUGUGCAUCUCGUAUAAUUCUUCUUCCUCUUCCUGAUUCCCCCUAAUCUUCGUCGUUGAUUCUCACUCGACUGCUUCGUGAUCCUGCGAACUUUUUGGGUCUUGGCUCAACUCUUUCAACGCGUUCAUCGCAGAUCGUCCUGGGUUUCAUUGCUUUCAGUGGCUUUUCGCUCUGUUCUUCCUUGCGAUGGUAGCUUUUAUCAGCAUACAAGAAGCCCCCUCUUUUGGUGCCGACGAUUCAUAUCCACUGUUACAGGAUGCGUUCCAUUCUUCCCCUGCUAUUCUUCUUCUUCCUCCUCCAAUUUAUCAUCAGAUUCAUUUGGUUUCUAUCAUGCUCUUGGUGUCCUGACCCUGACUCUCAUGGGGGCGCAGGGCAAGGCUUGGAUCUCAAAAGCUUCACAGUGCCGGUCAUCAGCUUUGAAGGUCUGCGAUAAACAUCCAGGUGAGAGAUUCUUCUUCUUCUUCUCUUCUGAAUUAUCCAAUCCCAGCUGUUCUUGCCGUUGACCUUUCAUGACUCAUCUUCCUCGCUGCAGGGUAUAAUGCCAGUGACUCGGACUCGGAUGAAGGGAAGGACGAUCCAAAGUGA